AAAGACAGCAGUGAGUGGGAAAUUAAGUGUGUCUUUUUAAAAACUUUGAAGAGGAAAAUGCCCUACAGCUGAACAAUAUAUAGGCUCAGGAUGUACAUUCAAAAUGUGGCUGAAAGCUUAGUGCGCAGCUGGGAGAAGGAAAUCUGCCUUCCUUGGCGUGGUGUUUGAGCACCUGAAGCUGCAUGGGUGCUGCUGAUGUGAGCUGACACGUGUCAGUAAGGGGUGCUUAGGGGCCAGGCAGCCUGCAGAGCCGGCUGUGCACAGCACCAGCGCGCUGGGUCAGUGAGGGACGCGCAGCGCGGAGAGGCAGCGCAAAUCCCCGGCUCGCUGGUGGGCAGGAGCCGGCCACUCGCGUCUGUUUAUCCCCCAGGGACACGAGAGAGCAGAUUUGUCAGGGUCAACAUGUGCAGGCUGUAGCCACUGCAGUAAGCCCUCCAGAACAAGUCGUCCCUGAACAAAAGGCUCAGCAAGUUGUACACCAUUUCGGCAGAGAUGUCUGAUCUUUCCAUCUGCUUUCCUGGAGGUGCUUUAUUCCCUGAAUGGUCUUUUCAGUAACCACUAAAGACUUCUUGGGACUGAACACUGGAACAGAUGAGUUAAGUCCUUCUGGAAUGUUCUUCAUCAGACACAGACGUAUUGGACUUUCUGGAUGUGCCUAAGGACACAAAGACUGAAGAAGUCCUGAAGAUUGAUGGAGGGCCAUGCUAUUCAAACAGCAGGCGUUGCUGAGACAGAAGCUCUUUGUGCUAGGCAGCCUUGCUAUUGGAAGUCUCCUAUAUCUAGUUGCCAGAGUUGGGAGUUUGGAUAGACUGCAGCCCCUCUGCCCCAUUGAUGGUCGUUUUGGACCCCGCGGCCAGGACGAAAUCCCCUUGCGAGCCCUGCAGUUCAAGCGAGGUCUGCUCCAUGAAUUUCGGAAGGGCAAUGCCACCAAGGAACAAAUCCGACUGCACAAUCUGGUUCAGCAGCUUCCCAAGGCCAUUAUCAUUGGGGUGCGGAAAGGAGGCACCCGAGCACUACUGGAGAUGCUGAACCUUCACCCCGCAGUGGUCAAAGCUUCUCAAGAGAUUCACUUCUUUGACAAUGAUGAAAACUAUGCCAAGGGAAUUGAGUGGUACCGGAAAAAAAUGCCUUUUUCUUACCCUCAUCAAAUAACAAUUGAGAAAAGCCCCGCGUAUUUUAUCACCGAGGAAGUACCUGAAAGGAUUUACAAAAUGAACUCAUCUAUCAAAUUAUUGAUCAUUGUCAGGGAACCUACCACAAGAGCUAUUUCUGAUUACACUCAGGUGCUGGAAGGCAAGGAAAGAAAGAACAAAACUUACUACAAAUUUGAGAAGCUGGCGAUUGAUCCUAAUACCUGUGAAGUGAACACUAAGUACAAGGCAGUGAGAACCAGCAUCUACACAAAACAUCUGGAGAGGUGGUUAAAAUACUUCCCAAUCGAGCAGUUUCAUAUUGUGGACGGAGACCGGCUCAUCACAGAACCACUGCCAGAACUCCAGCUGGUUGAGAAGUUCCUAAAUCUUCCUCCAAGGAUAAGUCAGUACAAUUUAUACUUCAAUGCCACCAGAGGGUUUUACUGCUUGCGAUUUAACAUUGUCUUUAACAAGUGCCUGGCGGGUAGCAAGGGACGCAUCCAUCCAGAGGUGGACACCUCUGUCAUUACCAAAUUGCGCAAGUUCUUCCAUCCUUUUAAUCAAAAAUUUUACCAGAUCACGGGGAGGACAUUUAACUGGCCCUAAACUAAACUUCAUACAACAUUUUCUGUUGCACCUGAGGCAUGCAAUAGGAUGCCUCCGCUGAAAUAUGCACUUUUCAUAGAUACGACUAGCAAAGUAACUUUUUUCAUGCAUACGUGUACAUAAUGCAGUGUGUGACCAAAUAUACGGUGGGAUCGAUUUUUUCUACAGAGUAGUAACUAACAUAAAUUUACUGUCAAUAUAGUUGCAUCUUUUAAGAUAUAAUAAUAAAGGGAAAGGAAGUAUUUAGGGAAACAAAGUCAGACACUGUUAAAAGGGUCAGUGUUCCUCUCGCUUAGUGAAGUGUUUAUGUGACAUACUUAUUGAUCUAAGCAGAACAUUAUUUUAUGCCAUAAAAAUUCUUGUUAAAAUUCUGUAAAGCUGUGAGAAAGCAUAAUCUUGAGGCUAUAUUUGGUAUGUGUAUUGCUAAAGGAAUACUGACACUUUAAACAGAGUGCUGAAUUUUUACAAUGAGAGUGAAUAGUACUAUUUUCUUAUUAUUUUAAAUGAAUAUCUUAUCUCAUACAAACUACAUUGUUUUAGAGUUCCUGUGGUGAGUUUGCACUAUUGUUUUAUUGUAUGGACCAUAGUGUCACUUGUAGCAUGUCAAUCAUGUGUCAAGAAAAGGUCAAAUAAUUUUUUCUUCUAUACUUGUGCGUCAGCAAAGCUAAACAUGGUGUACAUAGUGUACAAUGUUUGUAAAUACUGGUUUCACACUAAGUAAUUCUAUUUUGUAAACUGAAUAUGGCUAUUUAAUUUAUUGUGAAAAUUAAAUUUAUUGUGGUAUUUAAAAAUGGAAUGGAUUAAAAUUACCUAUAUGUGCAAUGGCUUUUCACCUUUGCUUGAUGUAUGUCAGUGUGGUCCCUUAGCUUAGGUCAUAAGUAUGUGUGAGAGAGAUUUGCUCAGGUAAGCUUGGUUUAUAGACUGUUGAGGAAAGUGAUACAUGAGGCGAGGCAGAGUUUGUUAAAAAGCUCACCCUUCUAGGAAUCUGGUGUAAUGCACACCUCAAAGAACAUUGCUGCUCUUUGUUGUGGCACUUUGCAAAAAUUAAUGCAGUGGCUCGUGAGGUUAAAGCAUGACUGCAAAAGCCUACUGUAACCAGGUACAUCAAAAAAGCAGAGUCCCCAUUAAAAUCAAAAAAACAGACAGAUGAACAAAAUCAGAAGAAAGGUUUUGGUGAUUUCAUUACCAAAAGGUGGUGAUGCUUCAGGAGUCAUAGAAAACAGUUGUGACACCUUUGCUUUCAUCUGGUAAUGCAUGCGUCUACUCUGAAGAAAACAAUCAGAGUAUUGUUAUUAAUGGGAUAAACAUAUAGCUCAUGUUGCCAUUAAAUAAGUGACAAGAAAUUAGUUCAGGAAAUUAUUAUUUUCAUGCAUUAUAUGUUUUAUGGCUCUUAGAGAUUCAUAAGAAAAAAACAAUGAAAGCAAAUUUAAAAAUAUUUUAAAACAAGAAGAAAAAAAACAAAAGAAGUGAAGAAAAAAAAAAAAAAAAAUCACUUUAAACCACCAUCUAGAGAUUGAUGGAGACAAAAAUUUUGGAAGGUGUCCAGAACAUCUGAAUGUUCUGGGCUAUGGCAGCAAAGUGGCUGGUAGCUCAGAUUAUAAGAUCAAGUGUUCCCCAUGGGCUGUUUAUUUUGUUCAGCGAUUUGGAAGCAUUGGUUUUUCUAAAUAAGUGGUUUUUAAAACUCUUCCGAGAGACUGCUUCUUGUCUUGCUGUAUCUUUAAUCAUAUGUGCUAACACUGUGAGCAAUGUGCUCUUUCUUCAUGCUGCAUCGCAGCCGUGCCAGCACAACACAGCAGAGCAUAUGUGAAAUUCUCUGCAGUAGCUACAAUACAACUCACUGUUUCCCUGUAUAAGAGCCAUUUAUCUUGCCUACUUCCAGACAAAAAAUAUAGAUAUUUAACUUAUCUAAUAGUGUUGAACAGGGAGUUUUUAUCCAAUUUAACAUUUUCAUGGUCUUCAGGUGGGCAGAGAGAUUCCAGGCAGUUUUGGGUGAUACCUUGGUUGAUACUUCACAUGGUCCUGGCUACAAACUGACUGAAGGCUGAGAUGUACUUUCAAUGAAAGGGAAAAAUUAGUUAGGUCAAAGUUACUUCCAAGCACAAAAUAUGCAUUUGAAAUUAAUAUCUCUCUGCAUUGAUCAGAAGAGUCACAGAGAGUGUGAUCUACCAGGCACGACUACGCACUUUCCUGUUAAAGUCAACUGGCUUAACUCCAGCUUAUCAUUUGCAAUUUUGAUGAGACGUGGAUAAAUUUAGGCUAUAUCUUAGACAAAUCUGGUUGACAAAUCCUGUUCAAAAAUGCACAGAAGAAUAGUCAGGAACAGCAGGGGAGGAAAGAGGGUUCAAAGGCAUUAUAUUGUAUAUUAAGAAGACUAUAAGAGCAAGAGUCUGAUUCACUUUCACUAAGACUUCAAUGCAAUGUUGUCAAGUCUAUUUGACACAACCCAGUGAAGAGAAAAUUUCAAAACUGAUUCAUAAUAUAUAGAUACAACACAUUACCCAAAGCAUUCUCCUGGGUUAAUGGGGAUUUUGCCUCAGUGUUCAUAACCAGUUUGUGAAGUCCUGACCUUAUUGUACUUUCCUGUUCAGGAGCAAUUUCUGAAUAGUUCACUUCAACCUUUUUGCUUUGCUUCCCAAAUUCUGAGUGAAUAAUUUCUAUUCAAAUUGAUCAUGAGUGUUCAGUCUGGGAAGUGCAUUCUUAGCUUGAGAUUAUGAUUUCAGAGUGAUGCACAGCUACAUGAAGUUGCAGCUGUUAACUUGUGGCAUUUAAGUUCUCUAAAGACAUUGCAUCUUUCCCAUUUUUUGUACUCUAAAAUUAAAGGCUCACAGCUCCGGUAAAUGUUAGGAUUAAAACAGCUAAUAUUUCUGUGUAUUUUUAUCAGAUUGUCCCAGCUGCUAUUUAAAAUACAUAGGACAAUAAUUUGCAGCGUAACAGAUUAUCAGAGAUGAAUUUGAAAUUGUAUUUUUGGAAAUUAUUACAUAGAUAAAUAAAGGACUGAUAAUUGGAAAUAAGAGAUUCAUUUACCAUUAACCAGCUAUAUAUCAUUUUCUUUAGGA